GGGCCAGUCACGGGCGCCGCCACCGCGGGAGGACGGUGACGCCUCCGGCGGGCGCCGCAGGCCGCGGCAGAGGCCUCCGGCGGGGGCGGGAGCGCCGGGCGCCGCCGCCCCCGCGCCGGGGCCGCCCCCGGGCCGCCGCAGCCCCUCCCCGGCGUGCGGGCCGGGCGGCGGGCGCCGAGGCUGCGCAGCCGGCGGCGCGCAUGGAGGCGGCCGGCGCCCCGCCGCCGCCGUUGCCGCUGCUGUAGCCGCUGCUGUAGCCGCCGCCGCCGCCGCCAUGGCGCUGGUCACGCUGCAGCGCUCGCCGACCCCCAGCGCCGCCUCCUCGGCCAGCACCAGCGAGCUGUUCUGCUCUGGAUCCAUGCUGCGCAGUCUGGGUUGCUGGAGCUGCAGGGAGAGCGUGUUCGAAGCGUGUUGUGUUCAUUGAGAAACUUGGAGAAAUUACAGAGAUAUUUGUGCUUUUCAAUGAUUUCUUUUUUUUAAGGAAUUUUUUGGGGUUCUCUUUUAGACAGAUCCCAUAGCUUAAACUAUGGAAGGGGACGAGAUCUACUGGUCAUCUGACCUACACGAAUGUAAAUGAGCUGUAACCCUGUUGCAGGCAGUGGCAUUAGGCUGGAUUUAGACUGGUGCAGGUGGAAAAGGAAUCAAAGUUGUAUGUCUCUACCUUUUCGUAUGUACCUGCACGAGGUGCUGCAUUGUAUAGGAGCACUGUCUUUGUUUAUUUAUUUAUUUUAUUAGGGUCACCACAGAGAUUUCCCUUUCCCUUGCCCAAGCCUCGCGCCUGAUGUGGUCCAAGGCGAGGCGCUUGCGGGUACUGGUGGGGCAGAUGUGCCUUGGGCACCCCGGGGAGGGCAUCAGCGCCUGUUCUGUUUGGAUGGUCCUUUCUGGCAUAAAAUUCCAUGAAAUUAUAAACAGUCCUUUUGAAAAUUAAACAAGUUGUUUUUCUUUUUAUAAAGUUAAUGUAAAAGAAAAAUCCCAUCAAGAAGUACUAAUGUUUCCCCUGAUCUUUUAUGAUCUUUACUGCAAGAACGGAUUUACAAGCCCUUCAGGGUUUGAGCCUCUGAAAAACUAUUAGAAGAUUUUUAAAACAGAAAAUGAUGGCCAAAUAUCUUUGCUAAUUGUAAAUCUUUUGCAUCCUGUCAUAACCCAUAAACCUGAAACACUUUAUAAAAUGGAUGCUGCUGUCUUCAAGAGCCUUGCAGUCGUGCCAACAGAGCAUGCCAAGAAUUUAGGGGUGUUUUAUCUGAGGAGAAAAUAGUUAAUGCACGUUUGCAAACUUGCGUGCGCUCAGCUAGCUCAGCUGCCAUCUCGCUUCCACGCCCGGUCCUCGGGGUGCUGGCGUGGGGCCGCUUGCUGCAGCUCCGGAGCAGACCGCUGCUGGUGUGCAAUGCAACGUCAAGCCUCGGAGGGAUGUUCCGGCCAAAAAGCCGAACCUCGUUGCUGAGGUUUCUGCUGUCUGCACCCUGAGUGCUUCUGUCUUGUUUUGGUUUUACCGCAGCCUUUUAAAUUAAAAUAAAAGGGCGGUCAAGUUGAAUCCAGGUCAGCUCCUGCAAAAGAUGAGCCUGGAGCAGACUCGGAGACGGUCUCUGCUGUGGAAUCUCAGCUGAUGAUUUUUGUGAUUUCACGGUCGCAUUUGUUUAGAAAAGUUUUUUCUCCCCCCUGUUGCUAUGUGACAGACCCAAACAAACACGAGGGCUGCUUGGGGAAGGCCAGAGCCCUGCCGGGCCUUCCCAGGGCCGGGGAUCUGCCCUCCGAGGAGGCUGGGGACGCCUCGCCGCUCGCUCCGCUGCCCCAUCGGCGGGAGCGCUGGGGCCUGCCUGGGGCUGCACUCAGCUGUCUUCAAUGCACAAUGUAAACAAACUAAAAAUAGAGGCCGUAUAUUGUUUUUUCUCCAGCUCUCCAUCAGCUGCAGUCAUUUUACAUGGGAUUUGUGCACCUCUUUUCCUCCAAAGGGCCAUACUGUAUAUCUGACAUCCGGGCUGCGCAGUUGCAUUUGUUUUCCUCCAGCGUUAUUUGUUCUCGUGCACUGAGGGGGAUGUGGGACAUCCUAGUUCCUGCCCGCGUGUGCACGCACACACUCAACACUUUCACCUUGAAUGUUUUACAUGACAAUAUUUGCUUAUUUUUGAAUUUUACAAAACCACUUGGAAUCAAGUAACCUUGUUGUAGCCCUAUUUGAUGUGGGUUUUAAGCUGUGCUGUUGUGCAUAACAAGAUGUGCCCUGAGUACUAGACCUGAGGGAACCUGAUUUCUUGCAGAUUUGUGUCUCUCCAGGUUACGUAGGCUCUGGUGUCCAGUACGUUGCAAGUUUGAAGGCUUUUCCUUGCUGCGGGACCAUCUCUGAGGUCUCUGCUUUGCGAGCUCUCUGAGAUCUAGCAGACCAGCCUCCCCGGACAACCUUUUGCUUUGAAGGGAUACCGCCUGGACUUUUCCAUCUAGUCAUCUUUGGAAGAAAUUAGCCACAAUAUGAUUUUUUUUCUUUUUUAAAUAGGUUUUGUCCAAAAGUUACUAGAGAAUUUGAAGGAUGUGGCUGGAAAGCAGAGCUAUGUGAAAGUGUUUCCCUGGAAAAGCAGGCUUAAGUUGGCUAGUAUGCUUCUAUUUUAAGGAAAGUAAAUGAUAGUUAAGGGUCAGUAAUGUCACCCAAACAGCCAAAUUUGUUUCCAGGUGCAAGGUUUCUGCUAGUGUCCAGGGAAGAGUUACUGUUUUAAUAAAUCCCUGCCAUUAAAAAUAGCGUAUUUAUCAGGAAUGCUGCAGAUGUAGACCUCCUGAUGGCUGAGCAGUCCCAAGGCAUCUUCCCAGCCUCAGGACAUGUCUCCUGCCAUGGGUCAGGAGCCCGCUUUCCAGGCAGAGGUGGACCUCGUCGGCGAGGUGGCAGCUCAGGGACUGUGGAGGAGGCUCUGCUGGCUGGUGAAGGCUCCCCUGGACCCAGGGAGCUGCGGAUUCGUGCCGGGUUGCUGCCUUGAGGCUUGGCCAGAAGAAGGCUGGGGUUAAGCUGCUGGAGGCUGGGACAGAGACGGGGCUAGGCAGUUUUGGCUGCAUCCACUGGAGGGCACUUGUGCUGUCGCUGCACACCAUGAGUUGCAGCAUUAAUUUAUGCCUGACUCUUUGUUAACAGUCUUUCACUUAGGACAGAUUCUGCCCUCACGUGUGCACUUAGUAAGAGUGAUAUGUGCCGCCUUGGUGACGUCUAGGUUUGCGAUCUUUAAACUGAUCUGCGCUGUAGGACCGGCUUGCAGGAUUAGGGCCUAAUAGCUUUAAAAUCCCUGUGAGCCCCUCUGUCACCCAGCACUGGGUGCUGAUUGCUUAUAUGGUUAGGGAAUCUCACUUAUCCCUGGAAUCAGUGAAAAAAAUAAUCCCCUCCCACCAAACAGCCACCCAAACCCUUUUAUUGCAGUGAUUGCACCAGCGAUGGUGCGUGAGGAUCUUUUGAAGUUGUAAUAUGGCAACGAACAGCAUGUAACUUGCUCUGUAUCCUUCUUUUCUCCCCUCAGCUGGAGGUUGGCAGUGAUGAAGAACGUAAAUUAAAUGUGAGCCUGAGCGAGAGCUUUUUCAUGGUGAAAGGAGCGGCCCUUUUCUUGCAGCAAGGAAACAGUUCCCAGGGCCAGCGAAGUCUUCAGCAUCCUCACAAGCAUGCAGGUGAUUUGCCGCAGCACCUCCAGGUGAUGAUCAACCUCCUCCGCUGCGAGGACAGAAUCAAACUGGCUGUCCGUUUGGAAAGUGUGUGGACAGACAGAGUCCGGUACAUGGUGGUUGUGUACAGCAGCGGGCGACAGGACACGGAGGAGAACAUUCUGCUGGGAGUGGAUUUCUCCAGCAAGGAGAGUAAAAGCUGCACUAUAGGAAUGGUUCUUCGGUUGUGGAGUGAUACUAAAAUCCAUCUCGAUGGUGAUGGUGGCUUCAGUGUGAGCACCGCAGGGAGAAUGCACAUCUUCAAGCCAGUGUCAGUGCAAGCCAUGUGGUCUGCUUUACAGAUCCUCCAUAAAGCCUGUGAGGUCGCAAGAAGGUACAACUACUUCCCUGGUGGAAUGGCCUUGGUCUGGGCCACGUACUACGAAAGCUGCAUCAGCUCCGAUCAGAGCUGCAUCAAUGAGUGGAACGCAAUGCAGGACUUGGAGUCUACUCGCCCGGACUCUCCAGCUCUGUUUGUUGACAAGCCGACUGAAAGGGAACGAACAGAACGGCUCAUUAAAGCCAAACUGCGGAGCAUCAUGAUGAGCAAAGACCUGGAAAAUGUGACUUCCAAGGAGAUACGAAAUGAGCUGGAGAAACACAUGAAUUGCAACUUGAAAGAAUUCAAGGAAUUUAUAGACAAUGAAAUGCUGCUUAUCCUGGGUCAGAUGGACAAACCGUCUCUGAUUUUUGAUCAUUUAUAUCUGGGGUCUGAGUGGAACGCCUCCAACCUCGAGGAACUGCAGGGCUCCGGCAUUGACUACAUUUUAAACGUGACCAGGGAAAUAGAUAACUUUUUCCCUGGUUUGUUUGCAUAUCAUAAUAUCCGGGUGUAUGAUGAGGAGACAACAGACCUCCUGGCUCACUGGAAUGAGGCGUAUCACUUUAUAAACAAGGCCAAGAAGAAUCACUCAAAGUGCCUGGUGCACUGCAAAAUGGGUGUUAGCCGGUCAGCAUCUACUGUUAUAGCUUAUGCAAUGAAGGAAUUUGGCUGGUCCCUGGAAAAAGCCUAUAAUUAUGUGAAGCAAAAACGCAGCAUUGCAAGACCAAAUGCAGGCUUCAUGAGACAGCUUUUGGAAUAUGAGGGCAUUUUAGAUGCAAGCAAGCAGCGGCACAAUAAGCUGUGGAAACAGCAGGCAGAGAGCAACAUCCCGCAGAACACGGAUGGCACCACAGGGUCGGGUGAAUUCUUACUCGAAAGCCUGGACAUUGACCUAGAAAAUCGCCUAGCCGACCUGGACACGCCUUCACAGUCAGCGUACCUGGACAACCGAGCCAGCACAGACGUGGCUGUGGGGUUCAACUACUGCUUCCGGCGCCUCUCGGACACCUUGCUGGAGAACAAGGUGCCCAGUGACAGGGAGGGUUUUUUCCAAGUGGAGGAGCUGGAGCGGGACGCGCUUGCAGAGCAUACUGACUCGCUGGUGGGACAGCCUCUGUCUGCGUCUUCUGAUGGGAGGGUGGAGACAGCGAAAGUGCUGGAGACAGCAGAGCCGGCAACGGAGCUGAGCGGUUUCUGUGAGAAGGAAGUGAAGAAGAAACUAGAAUUCAGCCCUCGGAAGGGAAGGAUAGUGCCAGGCCCCAGGGAUCUGGGGGAGGAUGGUGUCAGGGAGGAAAAUCCUAUGGAGAAGUGGAAGCGUCGCUUAUCCGUGCACAAGGAGGAGAGCAGGCUUAAUAGAGAGAACUUGAAUAACAACAACAGCAAAAGGAGUUGCCCGGAGGAUUUUGAGCAUGAUGCCGUCUUUGGGAUCCUCAGUAAAGUCAAGCCUUCCUAUCAAUCUUGCGCUGACUGCAUGUAUUCCUCGGCCAGUUUGUCUCCCGAGUCUUUUGGGGAGCAGUGUGAAAAGCUGAAUUCAGGCACUGCACGUCGCAGCUCCACCAUCUGCACACAACCGGCUCUCCUCUCCCACAUCACUUCCAACUUGGCAGACCACCUGCCCAGCAAGUCCCAGUCCGAGGAGGUAAUCAGAACUAAAAAUAAUGAGAGUCCGCUUCCUCUCUCAGCAGGGACUGGUACUUUGGAAGCUGGUACUUGCAAAUCGGUGGUUGAUCAACACUACAGUAUUUCAGAGAAAGGAAAAGAUGCACCAAAAACCCUUGUCAAAACUCUGCUGGCCAAGAGCAACUCACACUGUGACAAGAGCCCCCUUGCUGCAGAAGUGGUAAAGGAAGACUCCCUAGCCAGAAAGGACAGCAAGCCCACGAAGGAUCUAAAGUACUUGUUGUUCAGUAAAGACUUGGAAAAGCCAAGUGCAAACAGUUACUUGAUGCAGCAUCAGGAGUCUCUUAUUCAGCUGCAGAAAGCAGGCUUGGUUAGAAAACAUACCAAAGAACUCGAGCGUUUGAAAGGCAUCCCGUCGGAAGCCUCGUCGCUGUUCAGAGAGACCCCCAUGAGCAGAGCUGACUCUGGCAUUGUGGAAGAAAGCCAGGAUUUGGUUUCGCAUCAUGCCCUAGUACCACUUCUGGGGCCAGUGCCCCUGAUACCUGAAGACGCAGAAGACGAUGUGGAGAAGUUAGAGGCCAAACGCGCCGUGGAGGGAGUCUCUCAGAAGACCUCCACACCCGUCAUGUAUAGGUUGGAGCACACGAGCAGUUUCACAAAGGACUUUCUGAAGACCAUCUGCUACACGCCGUCGUCCUCCCGGAGCUCCAACCUGACGCGGAGCUCCAGCAGCGACAGCAUCCACAGCGUGCGGGGGAAGCCCGGCCUGGUGAAGCAGCGAACUCAGGAAAUCGAGACCAGGCUGCGGCUGGCUGGUUUGACUGUUUCUUCUCCUCUGAAAAGGUCCAAUUCUCUCGCCAAGCUAGGAUGUCUUAACUUGUCCUCUGAGGACUUAUCGAGUGACAUGGAUGUGUCAACCAUCACGGACUCGAAAGAAGCUGUUUCAAGCGAGUCUUCCGUGCUCUGUGAGCCACAAUCCACUCUGAGGAGUGCAGAUGUCAGCUCCACACUGGUAGCGAAGUCGACUGUGGGAAACUUGAAGAAUACGCUUUGGAUGGGCAAAAGUUGAUGCUGUCUGCCGGGGGAGUGAGGGUGGUUCGGAUUUUUGUUUUUUUAAGGCAUUUAUUCAUUGCACCAAUGCAGUUUUAUCAUCUGACUGGCGGUAGUUCAUCUGAUGCCACCUCUUCCUCCCCUCUUUGUAUCCUAAGUGGGGAGAAAAAGAAACAUAAUGGAUCGUGAUGAAGGGCACAAGGAAAAAUAAAAUGUAUUGCAUGGCUUAGAAGAGGACUUUGUGUGAACUGCCUGUUGUCCUGCAGGAUGCUAUUUCUAGUACUGUUUGCCAAGUAUAAUAAUGUGUUUUCGUGUGUGUGCAUAUAUAGAUAGAUACUUUAUCUAUUUAUCUAUCUAUAUAAAUUGCUGAAAUAUUCUGUUUGAAACUCGCAACAAAAUAAUUAGUCAUGACUUUUUUUGAUACUUUUUUCUUUUUUUUACAAAACAAACACAAGUCUCUAGUUAAAACAGGCACUUGUGGAAGAAUCCUUAAAAUGGUGACAUGAACACUACCUCUGUUUUGCCGACUUCUGCUCUUGGUUUGUUUUCUUUUUAAAGGGUUUUCCCACAAUACUUACCAUUUUUUUGAAGGUAUUACCUUAACGUUAACUGUAAAGACCUGAAAGAGUGUUGAGACUAGGCUUUUCUGCACUGAGUAAUCUAGCUAUGAAGUCAAGUGAAGGAGUGUAAAGCUGUGUUCGUAUUGAGUGUGUGAUCUGCUGACGUUAGUCCUUCUUUACUGUAUAACCAGGUGAAUUGUCAUCGUCUUCUGUUGAUAACAGCAUGACAUCUAGACUGUAUCGUUGUUGAAGGCUUACGUUAAAGUGGACAGACGUCUUGUUCUUUGGGUGUUUUUGCUGUUGUGGUUUGUAAUGUCCCAGUGAUAAUGACAAGCCUGGCCAGUAAGCGACCGUGAACCCUAGUGAAACGUUGUCAUGCUGUAUCAGUGUUGUGGUUCCUGUGCUGGAGACCCUUCUUCAUUGGGCUGUUGGUGGCAUGUGCUGCAGGCAAGAUAACUGAGCCGUCUCCCGCUCCGAGGGAGAACGGCGGCUCUCGUGGUGUGCUAUGCAUUUGAAAGCUGCGUAGGCAAUAGGCAAAUGUGUAACUUCUCUGAUUAUUGGUAUUGUUUUUGGUAGAACCGUUCCUGCGUCCUAGGUUUCCCCGCAGCCUAGGAGGCUGUUCCGAAACUCGUGCUGUGUGAAGUCCAAGGAGUUAUUGAUGCUGGCUGGCAGGAGGCUGCACGCCCCGGAGCGGGGAGGCCGUGUCUACGUGUCCCAGCUCUUGUAGGGCUGCACCAGCCUCUUGCCAAUGCUGACAGAGCUGUAAAUCCUGCUCUCGUGUGGGUCUGCGUGCAUCCCGUGGGAGAAGCGGAGGUUGGGUACCCGGGACGGGCAAAGGCACAGCCGGGCGCAGUAGUUCUCCUGGCCUCCCUGCCCAGCUGCAGCCGUGCUCGUGGUUAAACAGCAUCUGGUGCUUCUGCACGGCGCUGCAGCUGCGGCUGGCGAGACUGGCUCAGUCCUGCCCCCUGAAACCGCUGGCUUCUGCCAGGCAGGAUUUGGCUGCUCCAGAGCAAAGCCCUGCUGCAGAGACCCUUCGGCAGCUGCCUGGGACCUGCUGCCUGCGCAGCAUCGAGGGUCAGCUCAGAACUGGUCUGCUCCUCCUCCGCUCCCGGGAGAGCCCUGAGGAACUCCCCUGGGAACCUGAGCGUAAGUCUUGGGCGCAGACCUCAGGGUUCAGUCCCUGGCAGCCAGACAGAAAAAUGGGGUCAUUCCAGAAAGAAAUGAAUAUUGAAGGUGUGGGUGAGGUUUCCUUUCAGAGAAGAGCAGGCAUGACCUGAAAGGAAGUAGACGUAGGCUGACCGCGUUCUCUGCAGAGCGUCGGGGCCGUGGCCUGCCGGGUGUCGCGUAGUGAUGCUGCCGGGGAAGCGCUUCCCUUCCCGGGCCGGCGGCUCUCCUGGAUGGUUCCCUCACUCUUCCUCUUGCUGCCGUGCAGUGGGAGACGCUUGAAAUGCAGCAGUUCACUGAUGCUAUAUGAAACGCACGUUUUCUUGGGCUGUUUUGGGCAGCCAACCUGAGAGCGUGGCUGGAGGACUGCUCGGUGCUGGGUGCUCCUGCCAGCUCCGGAGGGAGGAGCUCGGAAGGAGCGCGGGGGACGUGCUCCUGAUGUCGGUGCUCUCAGAGUCCCGCUGAAUGUGAAUUGGGUUUAAACUUUGCAGUGACUCAGGCACUUUUGCAAAUGUGAUGGUUGCUUGCUCAUUUGGGAUAAGGUUUUGAAGCAGGCUUUGGGGUCAAAGCAGACCUUAGAGCUCAGCGAUGGCGAACUGAUCGAUUUGACGUACUGCUCGUUUGGUAACCGGGCUGCGAGUCUGAGCUCUCCAAAAGGUACAAAUCCCCAUCGAAAGCCAUUCUUGCAAAUCUACUUCUUAGGGCAGGGUGGAGAGCAGGGCUGCAAAUAGUAAAACUCAGCCUGUAUUAAUCAAAAACUCAAUGUCUUGAGAAAGCGAGCCAUGUGUUUUACUGUCCCGAACACCUAGAGUUUACUUUUUUUUUCCCCUUAACCAGAAGACCGCACAUUUUUGUGUUAGUGUGAGGAAUUAUAUGGACUGGGAAUUGGUAAAUAAACAUCUCUCCUUAAAGAGUCCUAAAUGUUAUGUACACCUUUAGCUUAGGGCGCACUUCCUAUCGCCAUCGUGAGAGAUGGUUUGAAGCAAAAGCUUCUGUGCGAGGGACCUCGGGAAACGGGCAGGAGUUGUGCGUGUGACGUGCUGGGUCACUUCCAGAGUCGGCCCUUCCCUGGUUGCCCCGCGUGUCGCUUCCAGGCUACCAGGAGUCUGAGGUAUCUUGAACUUGGAUCCUGUGAUUGACAGAUCGGUCCUUUUCACUGCCCCCUCACCCCCAUUUUUUUUGCGUAUUUUGGAAAUCAGAAGUGACUGGUUCCGUUCUGUGCGCUGUGCCUCCCUGGUGCACGCAUCCUGCCCCUCUUCCCGGCUCAGACAUCUCACCGAACUCUCCUUCCCUAACGUCAGAGUCCCACGAGUGCAUUUGCAAGCCCACGUCUACUGUAAUACAUUUCCUGUAUUUGUAUGAUUUUUACUAUGCUUGUUUGUACCUAGAUUCUUGUUUAUAGGUGAUGGCAAAGAGCUGGGAGGCACCUAGGAGGCCACCACGCUGUCUCUGAUGCCUGCAGGGCUCUUGAGGGUUUGCCAGUAGCGUCUGCUAGAACAACCACGGUGGAUGGCUGCUCUUAUUUGCCGUUCUGCUCCCAGUUGCAGUGCUGCAGCUCGCGGCACUGCACGGGUUUGGGCACGGCACAGCGGUCAGUCUUGAAGCUUGCGAGGGCAGUUGCAGUCGCUCCUGCUCUCUGUACAUGAGUUGUGCUCGCGCUCUAGGGCAGCUGCUCCUGGAAGAGCCGCUGUCCCCGCGAUGCACGUCCUUGCUUGGGAUGGUGCUGCCUGGUGAAGCUGGGAUGGGGAGGCAGAGCUCAGCCUGGCUUGCAUUUUUCUUGUCUGUUUUCCCAUGUUGUAGGUUUUUUUCUUUUCUUCUUCUUUUCCUCUUCCCCCGGGCACGCGCAGCUCUAGGACUGGCCCCUACCCGAGCGCCUGCAGCAGACCCUCGAUUCGCAGCGAGGGACGGCCGCUCAGGCCCGUGUGUGCGCGAGAGCUGCACAACUCGUUGCAUUGUCGCUGUCGCCCCGUGGGGCCCGGCCCCACACACGGCAGGGGCUCCGGUGCGUUGCCCCAGCGUCGCAGCUGGCCUGGGGCGGAGGACGGCCAGACCGGAGCAUCGCCCCGCGGGGACCAGCCCCGAGCGGGAGGAGCAGAUGCCGAUGCGCCGGUGCCUCUCGGUGCUGCGGAUAACGUUCCCGCGCGCUCCCGCUGACCGGUCACGGGAAGAAGUGGGGCUUUGACUCGAACGAGUUCAGAAAAAUUCCCAGGUCUUAAAUGAUGCAAGUGAACAUAUGUAUUUCUUCCUGUUUUCUUGAGUGCCUGCCAAAUCCUGCUGCAUACGAGCGCCUGCGUUCCCAGGGCGCAGCUCUGCGCGACCGCCUCUCCUGUGCGGCGGUACCGAAAACCUGCUGCGUGGACUCAGCUGUCGUUAGAGCAUGACUGUGUCACCAGUCCCACAAUUUAGCUCGUCAGACUUGAAGCUCUGUUGCUGCUUAACGCAACGCGAUGCUGUCGGGAUAGAGACGUAGUUUAUUAUUGGCUGUUUUCAAGGCCAAUGUGCGUUGGAAGCAUUAGCGUGCCAUGUCCAAGGUCUUGUAGCCAAACCUAUGAUGCUUGCAGACUCCGUUAGACUUGUUGCAUGAGAAAGUAGAUGUUUUUUCCUCUCCCAUGUAUUGUAAUUGUUCUUUUACAAUUGAGUGCCUUAAUAAUAGUUUACAAAUACUGUGUAUUUUUGCUGAGCUGUUAAACUCUGCUGUUUGCUCUUCAUUUUUUGGUGCUUUUGGUGUUUCCAGUGGCAGUAAGACCAUUGCUACUUCUGUGUAUCGACCUUUCAGUCCUCCCAUCGCUGCUGAGCUCAGAGUUGCUAACCGCUUCCCUCUUGCUCUGUAUAUGGCAAAACCAACGGGGCGUAUUACGAAAAUGCCACGCGGCUUGUGGCUCCUGGUGCCCCGGUGCCGCCGUGUCCGGUUUAUCUAUGCAUCGCUGCGGGAGCGCAGGCGGGGGAUGCCCGGCGAGACGUUCCAAAGACCGAGGGCCACGUUCUGCUCGGUGGAUUUCCAGGUGUAAUCCAAACCAAGUCACGCUCUGAUGUAAAACCUGAAAUGCACAAAACUGGCACCUUAUUUCCAGUCUAUGCUUCGUCAGUCUGUGUUAUAGCAAUAGCCGUCUUUCUGGUUGUCCUUUCUCUAUAAAAGCGUUCUUUACUCGGUAACGUCACUCUGUUCAUGUUGCGGACAUUUGUCCGCUCUCCGCACGGGGAGGCGGCUCCGGAGCUGGGAGGCAGAGACCGUCCUCGGUAGGUAGUGACCAUAAAUCCAGAGAGGAGUAGGUGGGUGAGUAACUCGUAGCUGUUUCGAUGCAUUGCUGUACUCUAUGAUAACAAUGUUACUUUUAUUUCAUUGUAUUUCUUAAUUCCGGUUUUAUAUUUAAAUAUGCAGUAUCUUUUGUACUGUACGUUUGCGGUAGGGGAUGCAUAAUGCACUUUUUUUUACUUUUGUUUGUAAAAAAUGUACUGUAUAUUUUAUGUGCUUCUUGUGAGGAAAAUAAACUUUUUUUUUUCCUUUUACAAAUGA